GUCUAUGUCAUGUGUCACGUUUAUAUUUCAAAAUGGUGGAAAUUUUCAGAAGCUGGCAAAAUUUCCCUCUAUAAUUUGUUGGGUUUACUGCUAUGAUACAGUUUUUCUGUUUUUCAAAGAAAUCAGUCUCUUUGACGCGUGUAUUACUUUUUGAAAAUACUUAAGCCAGGAGAGGGCGAGGUUAAAGUGUAAUAUACUUGAAUAAAAAGUCAGAUGGUGAAGCCGCUGAUGCUAACCAACAUUGCAUUUCAAAAUGGAUAACUGGAUUCACGGCGUACUCGAGCAAAUAAAAAACUUCUUCGUGCCUAGUUUGCCAGAAAGAAACCGCAAAAGGCGUUGCAGUGUUAUUGAUGACCCAUUUGAAAGCAUAUUCCCAAGCUGCAAAUACAGGAGACUUCAGCCCACGAUGUCAAGGGAUAUAGAAAGUAAGUAACUCGUAGUAGGAUAACACAAUAUUACAAAUGAUUUAUUUUAGGUGAUUUCUUCCUCACACCUACAUCAAUGCGUAGAUCUACUAUGAAGUCCCCUCCUUCAAGAAUUAUUGACACAAUUCUACUGGACGAUGAUGAAGAUAAUAUACCAGCAACUAGAAAUAGCCAGAAUAAGCUGAGAGGACGAAAAUUCACAUCUACCCCAGAUGCUCAAAAUGCACAAGGCUCAAAUCGCAACAGUAUAAGUGAUGAUGAUGAAGUAUCAUUUGUAAAGGAGAUAAAGUUGCCUAAAGGAAAGCAGACUGAAGCAUCAUCAUUGGGAUUGAAUUAUAUAAGACCUUUUAGUAGCUUGAGAAGCCAAAAUGGUACUUUAAGUUCAAGAAGUAGACUUUUAAAAGGAUCAACAUUGAGAAAGUCCUAUACAUAACUUAAAUCCUUCUUCAGGCAGUUUGGACUAUUCAUUCCGCUUAGAGGAUAAGAUGCAGUAUAAGAAGCUUUUAGAAAAAGCUACUAGUAUCAAUUCUCCUGAAUCAUUAUAUGCAACACCUCAAGGCAAGUUGUUUGCUUUUGAUACAGUUAAUAGAGGCUCUAAAAUACUCAACAUGUCACUGAAGAAUAGUCAGAAAGAUAGGAUGAGUACUAAGGAUACAAUUCAAAAAGUGCUCGAUAAUUUUCCAACAGAAACUGUUGUUUUGAAAGACUCUGAUUCUGAUUCAGAUGUGGUUCCAGUUGAACCUCCAUCACCAAAACCUGAUAUUGAAGUAGAACCUGUGAAUAGUCUUAAAAAGGUUAUAAAUACAUCUAAACCUGCUACAGAAGACUGGGUGCAACAAUUGGUAGAUCGUCACAAAUCUAUUAUCAAAAAAAGGCAACAGGAAAUUGAAAGCUUCAAAGCAUAUAGUGAGAAGCAUAGUCAAAUAAAUAAGGAGAUACGGUUACAAAAUCUCACAGAUAAAGUAAAUAGGGCUCUUCAAAUCAAAGAGCAAGUAAUCCCAGUUGAAGAAGCUGAAGAGGAGCUACCAGAACUAACAGCUGCUCAAUACAAAAUUAUUGAUAAUGCAUUUAAGGGUAACCCAAGUGAAGUUCUAGUUAGGAAGUUUAAUUUAAAUAUCACAAGAAGGGACCUAUGCACAUUAGCCGGCUUAAACUGGCUAAACGACGAAGUGAUCAAUUUCUACAUGAACCUGAUAAUCGAGAGAAGCAAACAGUCGCCCGAUCGACCAAAAACAUUUGCCUUCAACACGUUCUUUUACCCAAAACUUCUCAAGGACGGUCCUCAGGGACUAAGAAGGUGGACGAAACGAGUGGAUCUCUUUGAACAUGACAUGAUCUGCAUUCCAAUACAUCUGGGCAUGCACUGGUGUAUGGCCAUCAUUGAUUUUAGAGACCAGAGCAUCAGAUACUAUGACAGCAUGGGCGGUUCAAACGACCGUUGCUUACGAGCGCUGAAACAAUACCUCGAAGCAGAGCACCUGGACAAAAAGAAAACCCCAUUUGACACCUCUGAUUUCACCCUGGAGAACGUCAAGGACAUCCCUCAGCAGAUGAACGGUUCAGACUGCGGGAUGUUUUCAUGUACCUUUGCUGAGUAUUUGACAAGAGAUGCGAAGAUCACUUUCAGUCAAGAGAACAUGCCCUAUUUUAGGAACAAGAUGGUCUUUGAAAUCGUGACAGGAGAGCUUCUGAUCAAGUGAACUGUGAGAAUUGUUUUUUGGUAUUUAUUCUUGUGUCCAGGGAUGAGUGUGAAGAGAUGUGUGAUAUAAAAUUUUGUAUGACAUUUAUUGUUUGUUUUUUUGGCAAGCUUAAUUCACUUGUGUUGUAAGCUUAGAUUAUAUAGUGAAGAGAUAAAAUUUUUGCGAAAAAGAGCUAAAAUAGCCAUUUUAUUUGAUCAUAUAAAAAUCAGUAGUAAAGUAUUGGGAGCAGACCACAGACCUUCUUCAAUCAACGUAUUCAUCUUGCAUUUCUUUUGCUUAUUGUAAUAUGACUAAACCUUCGAAACAAAGAUAUAAUUCAGCCAUUUAUUUCAACAAAAUUUAUAAUAAUAUGGUUGACAUAAAAGCACAACCUCUCUGAGUUGUAUAAUCUGAGACAGUAACAAAAUCCUACUUUUCCAUGCUAAAAAGAUUUCUAACAAGGGAAAGGCAAUUUCAGUAGACAUAAAUUUUUGAAAUACUGUACUUUUAAGUUUAAUGUGUAUUAUAUAUUCUUCUAUGUGUUAAUUCCUGUAGUAAAGAACAUUAAGACUCGUCAGUCUCAUUUCAUUCAAGAAUCAUUCGUGUAUUAUCUUUCAUUGUUAAUAAAGUAAAUAGUAAACAAG